GACAAAAAAAUAUAAAGUUUCGUGCGUAUUGGAAGACAAUAUCAUAAGCAAAAACUACCACAGAAAACAUGAGUUACUUAGUUCUAAUAUUAAUGUUGAGCGUCUUAACAGGAUUCAUUGCAACAGCUCAUGUAGAAAAGGAACAUGGAAAAUUGGAUGUUGCCAAAAUAGCAAGUUUGUCCACUUUCUACAAUACAAAAACGAAUCAGACACUUACUAUGAAACGCCCAUCGAAACCUGAAACUUUAGCAUUGACGCCAUUCGCCUCUCCAUGUUCCUGUGAUGGCCCACAGUGUAAAUGUUGUACUGGCAUUCGAAUACAUGGCUUCGGAUUUGAUAGAGAAGCUUGUGCAGUAUUAACCUACAAGGCAGAAGAGUCAAAACUGGAUUUGGAGUUAAGGAUGAAUAAUAAUAGCCUUUUGCAUAGCAGGUUUUCUACUCAAGAUCGACUGCUUUGUUUGCCUGUUAUACCUAUCACUAUAGCUGGCCCUGUGGACUGGUGCGUCCAACUUUACAAUACGAAUGUUGUAGAACAAAGACUACAUACUUGUUUGGCUAUGUUGGUCAGGAUCGCUCAAUAUCCAUUUUUGACACUCCAAUUUAACUGCAUGGAUUUGGGAGUUGGUGGAAUUAGUAUUACCAGACCUGGAUUCGGUGGACCUGAUAAUACAGUCAGUACUGAAAUGGGCUCCGAUAACAGUAGUAUGACUACUAUAAGUUCCCAAUUAGACAGCGAUGUUUACGAUACUGUUUCGCAAAAUAAAUUGAGAGCAAAUCAAUCCCAAACAAAUGUUAAAAUUUUGGAUAUACUUUAAUAGAGUUCACGACAAAAUAAAAAAUUGGACGGUUUUGUUUUCAAUGCUUGUAUACGCUCACUUUCAGAAAAUUGUAAAUUAUUUUAAAUCA